AUGCUACCAGAUCCAAUCAAGAGAGUACCGUUGAACCCACCACUCCAACCAGCACCAGACCCAAACCAGAGGGGCGCAAUUGGGCUCCAAAUCAACAAUCUGUUGUUGAAGGUGACCUGGGCUAUCAGAACCGUUGAGAACAUGAUAUCAGGAGUGGGACAUCAUGGAAGAUAUGUCAAGGAUUGUACUACAGGCCCUAAGGAUAGGGGACAAACCAAGGAUUGGCAACGCAAGCUACCCUCAGGAACUACUAAGGCAAGCCUAUCUGGUGCCCCUGUACAUGCCGGAGACCACAGAACAAGCAAUCAACAACCUCAUACUGGGGAUCAAAGAACACUGGUUGACAAUCAGGGGGAACAAGGCAACUUUGAGACAUCACAUGCUGUUGCAGCUCCCAAAUCCAGCAUUGGAGAAGACAAGGCCAAUUCCAAUGAUGGAAGCAAUGGCGGGCCCAAGCCAUCUGCAACAGAGCAAGACAAUCCAGACGUUAGGGAUGCAACCAACCACAUUGCCAAGUGGACAACCCUUGGACCCAACGUCAAGAUGCGCAACGCCGGGAACAGACUCAAGACCCUUGAGCCAGAACAGCCUUGCGUCUCACCACGCAAGCUCAAGCUCAAGCAAUUGUUGGUACGUAGAAGGACUGAUCAAGUCAAAAGGAAAGGGGAAGGGAAGGGCACUGGAGGAGACGGAGAAAAGUGA